AUGGACGAUGUAUCACUCCACCAGGAGGAUUCUGGGAACGAUGCAACAGCCAACCAGAUGGAGGACAACAACAACAAUCAGACAGAGAGAGAAGCUCCAGUGCAGGAGUGUGACCCCCCUAAGAGAGAGCACCUGGCGGGAGACACAGUGGAAGGUCAUGGGGUCAAGUCAGGGUCUAAUAGGGAGAAAGCUCCAGAACAGGCAGCAGGGGCUAGCAUUGGAAACAUAGAGGAGUCUCAGCCAGUAACCGACACCAAUAAGGGAAAGGGAGGGAAGGGAGAGGGAGAGGGAGGGAAGGGAGAGAAGGCACCAGAGAACAAGAGCAAACCAGUAAAAGAAAAGGAAGGGGCAGGAGGAGGAAAGGUUAAAGAGAAAAGCAAGGAGGUGGAGAAGCAAGCGAAGACCAAAAGAAAGAGUGGCUUGAAUCCCACCGCCUCUACCCCAUCCUCUGCAGCCCCCUCUGUGGUCCGACCCCGGAACUCUGCCCGCUCUGCCAGGGCGUCCACUAAAAAUGACAUCAUAGCAAAGUUCCAGCAAAAUGCACCUGAGACACCGGUUGUCCGCAACUUCAAACUUCAGAGAUCAUCUAUGGCUGUGGCAAACGGGGCAUCAAUCAAACAGAAAGUGCUUUCAUGGUGUGCCAACAAAACACGCAACUAUGAGGGCGUUUCCAUAGAGAACUUCUCAUCUUCAUGGUGUGAUGGGCUGGCGUUCUGUGCACUCAUCCAUCGCUUCUUCCCAGACGCUUUUGACUUCUCAGCCCUGAACGCAUCUGAGAGAGAGAAGAACUUCACCCUGGCCUUCAACACAGCAGAGACCAUGGCUGACUGCUACCCCCUGUUGGAGGUUGGUGAUAUGAUCCUGAUGGGGAACAGACCGGAUCCUAUGUGUGUGUUCACCUACGUCCAGGCCCUCUGUCAUCACCUCUCCAAAAUAGAGAAAGAGAAGAAGGACAAGGAAGAAGAGGAGAAGAAGGACACAUCAGAGGAAAAUAAGAGUGAAAGGAUGACAGACGGAGAGGUAGAAACCAUUACAGAGAAAAAAGAGGAGGAGAGCGAGGGGGGGGAGAACAAAGGGAAAGAUGGUAAAGAGAAAGAAAGCAAGGAGAGCUCAGCGGUGGAGGGAGAUAAAGAGAAAUAGAGAGAGGAAAGAGAAGUUGUAGUGUUAGUUGAAGCACAGGCUUAAGCUAAUACUAAAGAUAAAUUGAAAAGACCAAAGGAGAGAGAUUCAGAAAGACUUUUCAAAUAAGCUACAUCAUGAAGUAGAGUCUUACAGUGUUCAACACGAGUGUGUGUGUAGCAUAUAUGAGCAUCAUUUUUUAAAGAGUGACACAUUACUACUGUGUAUUCAAAAGCUGGCUUACUGAAGGUUUGGAAUUAUGCUCAGAUUCCAACAAUGUGUGUAAAUUCUAACCUGUUGUGAUAUUUUAAACAUUAUUUAACAUGCUGUGUUUUUUUCCCAAUUUCAUUAUCAUGUGUGUUGUGGAUGUUUGUGCGCAGGAACAUUAAACGUCAAUGUGUAUUA